UAAAUGCAAAGUCAUUCCACUUUAAAUAACAGUCUCUAUAUUAUCACUGUCAUUGAGAUUACUUUCCUCAUUCUUAUUUUAUAUUUUAUUGAAGUAAAAUGGAAAAUACUGGAAAAUUAUUCGGAAAAACUUUAUUUAUAACCGGCGCAAGUCGCGGAAUUGGUUUAGCAAUCGCGUUAAAAGCCGCAAAAGAUGGUGCAAACAUAGUUUUAGCUGCAAAAACGGCCGAACCUCAUCCGAAACUUCCAGGAACUAUUUACACAGCAGCCGCGGAAAUUGAAAGAGCUGGGGGAAAAGCCCUUCCGUGUAUUGUUGAUGUACGUGAUGAGAAACAAGUACAAGAAGCUGUAAAAAAAGCUGUGCAAAAAUUCGGUGGAAUUGAUAUUGUUAUUAAUAACGCUUCAGCUAUUUCAAUCACUGGAACUGUAGACACUGAAAUGAAACGUUACGAUUUGAUGCACAACAUUAAUACGAGGGGGACUUUCAUGGUUUCGAAAGAGUGUAUACCUUAUUUACAAAAAAGUUCUCAUCCACAUAUUUUAAAUAUUUCCCCUCCACUUAACAUGCAUCCUGGAUGGUUUUCGAGAAAUGUUGCUUAUACUAUGGCUAAAUACGGAAUGUCUAUGUGUGUUUUGGGAAUGAGUGAUGAAUUAAAACCGUUUGGAAUCGGUGUUAAUGCCUUAUGGCCAAAAACAACUGUGAAUACUGCAGCUACUAGUUUAUUGGGAGGAGAUACAUCUGUAAAUCAUUCCAGGAAACCUGAAAUAAUGGCAGAUGCUGCCUAUGCAAUUUUAACUUCCGAUCCAAAAACAACAACAGGAAACUUCUUUAUUGAUGAUGAAUUGCUUCUUAAGAGAGGAGUGACAAAUUUUGAUCAAUACUGUCAAAAUGUUGAGACGAAAGAUGAAUUAUUUAGGGAUAUAUUCGUUGGUGACCCUACUGAUGGAAUAAUGACAUUUAAAUCAGACCCAAGACAAUCUCCAAUGUACUCAAAAUUAUAAUUUGUGAUAAUUUUAAAUAAAUAACUCAAAGAUUUUGUUUACAAAAGUUUAAA